CACACCAUGAGCAAGCAAUGAUGCCUGCGCACCGCCUUGAGUGGACGAUAAGAAGGGAAGUAGCACGGCUUCAAUUUGUGUAUAAUCGUUAUGCAAUGUAGGGACUUUAUUCCGGACUUUUGCUGAAUACUUUAGAUUUUUUUGUAUUACCCCCAGGCGUUUACAAGACAGUGGUAACAUCAGGCAAAUGAAACAAUGUAUGGUUAGCAGCACUGCUAAACUCAUUCAUAGCAUCUGUCGACAACUAUAGCGCCCUACAACACCAUUCAUUAUGGAUUUCGUUUUGAGUGGGAUGGCUGCUUGUGGAGCUUGUUUAUUCACAAACCCACUCGAGGUAGUGAAGACGCGGAUGCAACUUCAAGGGGAGCUGAAGAGCCGGGGAACCUACCAGGUCUACUACAGAAAUGUGUUUCAUGCCUUCUACACAAUUGGCAAAGUCGAUGGACUCGCGGGAUUACAAAAAGGCUUGGCGCCAGGGCUCGUUUAUCAGUUCUUUAUGAAUGGGGUGCGUCUCGGCUCGUAUGCCAUCAUCGAAUCCGCCGGUUACAUUCAAACUGACGGCAAGGUCAGCGCGGUCAAGAGCAUAGUGGCAGGCGCUAUUGCUGGGGUCGUCGGUGCCUACAUGGGCAGCCCGAUUUACUUGGUCAAGACACAUCUACAAAGCCAGGCAACGUCCUCCAUAGCUGUUGGGCAUCAGCACAGACAUAGGGGGAUGCUUCAUGCACUGGCGGAUAUCCACAAAAAGCAUGGCAUGAUGGGAUUGUGGAGGGGUUCCAGUGCUGCUAUUCCAAGGGUCAGCGUGGGUUCAGCUGCCCAACUCUCCACUUUCUCUUCCUCCAAGGAGCUGCUUAUAGAACUACAGCUGUUUCCAGAAGGCAGCUGGUUGAUUGCCCUAACCGCUGGAAUGAUCAGUAGUGUGGCAGUGGUGAUGGCCAUGACUCCAUUUGAUGUGGUCAGCACACGACUCUAUAACCAGCCAGUGGACCACCUUGGCAAGGGCGAACUGUACCGGGGCUUCAGCGACUGCUUCUCCAAAACGCUGAAGAAGGAGGGGGUUAUUGGCCUCUACAAGGGUCUGGGCGCCUCGUACUUCCGCCUCGGUCCACACACCAUCCUCUCUUUACUCUUCUGGAAUGAGCUGCGAAAGGUUUACCAGAAACACAGUUAGUACCUCAAAGGGAAGUGUGUGUGUGUGUGUGUGUGUGUGUGUGUGUGUGCAUAUGUAUGUGAAUGAGCAAGUGAAGGAGAGUAGAGAAAUCACUCCUGAUAGGACAAAACUACUCACACCCAAAGCCCUCAGGUAAACAAAUGUCUCAUUUGCAAUGGUCCUGCUAGUUACUUAAGAGAAGGAAAGAGGAGGCCAGUGUUCAGUAUGCCACAGGAGAAUAGAAGUCUGUGGUAUGAGGAGUGUUUUUAAAUAGACCUUCAGAUAUGCAAAAGGACAGCAUGUCCUUUAGGCAUACAACAAGCCCAUAAUGCAUAUGUAGCAAGUUACAUCUUACUAAUGGGAAAUAAUGAAUCAUUUUGCUUAAAAUGUUAAAGAACCUAUAGAAUAUACAUGUUAAAUAUGCUAUGUUGCUGUGGGAUUCCAAACCCUAAGUUUUAGUUUUUAAAAUUUAUUAUAUUUUAAAGGUAUAAAUAUUUUAAAUUCCAUGAUGUAAGUGGAGCAGUAAGCAUGUACAUUUCUGAAUACAGUAGGGGAAAAGGAAAGAGGAAGGGGUGUGAUAUAAUAUCUAUAUGAGCAAACUGUUACUCAACAGUACUGACUUCAUGACUGGUUAGACAUUCCACAGUCAUUCUUAUGGAGCUCGUUGAUGGGACUCAAGAUUAGAAAACUAGCUAAACAGUUUGCCAUUUGGAAGUUAGUGUGACCAAAAUAUAUGGGAGGAUUGCUCACAUGGUCAUGGUUCUUCCCAUACUUGCAUUCGUUUGGUUUUGGUGAGAUGCACUGCAGGGGCCCUCUUCAUAUUCAUUCCCAUCGUGGUAACUUGAGUGAAAGAAAAACUGGUCUUACAUGGUAAGGUUGAGAAACAACAGUCAAUGGCAAACAAUGUUGACCGUACAGUGUUGUUGAGUCUUGCUUUGUUUUUGUCCUGAAGAGAUCAUCUGCAUGUCAGUGGUUUGAAGAUGACAAAUGGAUUGUGCUGAGGGAAAACAUAUACCUUUUGCCUUACUUUAGAAUAACUUUUGAUACAGAGCAUAGUGCUUUAAAAUGGUUGUGAUGCUUGCCGCUAACUGUUACACCCGAUGCACAGGAGAUUCACUUGAGAUAGGAAAUGUACUGAUACAGAUAUUGUCAAUCUGCAAAUACAGCAGCUAUAUCGACUUUAAUUGAAAUGAUAUUUGAAACGGAAAUGAAUCAACAAUAAAUUUUGUCAAAAUAAAA